AUGUCCUCUUCCGCCGUUGCUGGCAUAGACGCGACGCGUCCAGCGCGGUUAAGGAUUUUGACACCAAGCUCUGAAGGGAGCUCAAAUCACAAAGAUGAGUUGCGUUCUCCAGAGAGACACAAGAGGAAGAGGGCCGACUCAAUAGCCAUGGAGCAUCUCUUGAAGCCUUCGAUUGCUAUCAAGCCUCAUCCUCCGAAACUCAAUGUCCAACCUCGUAUCCUCUAUCCGUUGAUGGUCCUCCCCCGCGAACGUCUGCCUCUCUCUUGUAUCGACUUCCACGCUACCAAUAUCGAUCUUGCUUCCUAUCGAUUCUUCGAGUCUCAUGUCAAAAUCCUUGACUUGGAGAGUCGCAUGGGCUCUGGCCCCGUGGUACUUCUGGCCAGAAAGGAAGCAAGCCGCGCCGUGUACGCUCUCGAGCGACAACCAAAUGGAGUAUAUGUUGUAUGCAGGUUAGGGCCCUGGGCAGACUUGGAGGCUUUGGCAGAAGACGCAUCCGCUGUCUCUCGAGAGCGCCUACACCCAACUGCCAGAACCGAGUCUCAAAGCCAACACAGGCCCUCCGUAAUUACCACCCCGCACAUCCAUAAGGAAGAAAAGAUCAAACGAGCCGCCAUCGAAGCUAUUCAAACUCUGGUUCGCAAAAGGCCUAGGUCGCAGUCUGUUUCAACAUUGGCCGAGUCUGUGAAACAAGAAUCAGCCCCCGAAGCUGCUAUACCCACGGAUUCCAAACUACCAUCGCCAACCUUCAAACCAGGGGGGCUGACACAAACCCCAAGCGAGCAGCAGACCCAGGCAUCACGUUCCACAAGUGCAAUCUCAACCUCUGGCAACACCGAGGAGCCUUCGCAGCAGCUGACUACGGAAAGCAUAUUCGAAAUUUUGAGAACCCAGUACUUCGAGAUGCUAUACAAGUCCAUGGGAUCGCUCGCCUAUUUCGCCAAAGGGCCACUCUCUCGCGCUCGUUCUACUUUCCAUCUCGACCUUGAAGCUAAUCUAGAUAUUGGUGAUCUCAUCGAGUUCUUGAAAGGACUCGUUCUUACCACUGUCCAAAUCGACAAAAAGUAUCGAGAGACUGUUCCAGCUCUCAUAGCCCAGAUGAAAACAGUGGUGGACAGUUCAGAUGAAGGCCCAAAGAGAAAGCGCCGAGCCAAGAAGAUGAAGAUCGGAAAGGAUGGGCUCUAUCCACAUGAAGAAGCUCAUAUCAGAAAGUGGUGGGCCACCAAUAAGCCUGAACUGAAAGAAGACGAGACCGACGUUUCCACUCAACAAAUUCGAUCACUUACCUCUAUGCUUCGCACGAGAGAAACCCAGCUUCAGAUGAUUAUUAUAUUGGAGAUCCUGGCAUUGACUCCUCUGAAGCCCGCCGACGAUGCGGAAGAUAGUCAGCUCCCGCCAUUACCUGGUGCUGCUGAAUCCCAAGGGGAUGCGGUGGUUCCGUCGGCCAAGAAGCGGAGCAAGCAUAAUCUUCCUGUUCUUGUAGACGUCCAUGCUGAUAGGUUGACUAUCUGGCAAUCCACUGCUUCCGACGAGCAGCUGCUUUUAGAAGAUUCCCAAAUCACUCAAGCGCCGGAUGGUCAAUCUCAGCAGAAGGCGUCAUCGGAGCCUCUGAAAGACUUUUGUGUGGACAUUAUUGUACCAUUCUUCUCCCACAGGCUCCCAGAGCUAUGUGAUUCGAUCAACCGCAAAUUGGGAGGGCCUGUCAUUGUGAAACCUUCAAGGCCGAAGGUUCUAAAACGGCCAUCAAGCAAGCGUUCGCCAAAGCCAGGGGCAGUUGCUAAACGCUCCUUAUCAGGUCAGCCUACAAGGACAUUACAAAGAGCUCUUUCGACAGAACAACAGUCGCGGCGAAGUGUUUCUAGGGGCCCCAGUAACAUGAUUGCCCUCAUGCGCUCUGCAACAUCCACUUCUCUGCCAGGAAUCAAGCGAGAAGCCAGUGAUUCAUCUCUGAUUAAGUCGGUCCUGAACGCUGAGCCCGAUCUAAUGAAUAGGAAGAGCGGGCCGUUAUCUCGGAGCAGCAGUGUAUCCAACCUACAAGACGCAAAAUCUAACAAGAAGGCUCAGGUCGAAGCAGAGCUAAAGGAGGCUAUAUCUUCUUUAAGGAAACCGAACCGCGAAGUUGUCGGCAAGGCACUGGCUGAAGCGGCGGAGCGCCGAGCAACAGUGGGCUCUUCGGCCAAGAAUACACCUAUUAGGAGUACUGAAGAUGUCAUUCCUCCUUCAAGCCUUCCCUCUAUGGUUCCCUCUACUGGUUUCCGAGGAGCACAGCGGGAUGGCUUCCGUCAGAGUCCAACUCCUGACAUUGAGAGGAUCGGCAGCACGCCUACAAAGGCCGGAUCGAGUUUCAUCCGUCGGCCUGAGAACGAUGAAGACAUUUUGCCAUUUCCGCCUUCUUCGCCGUCUCUAGAACGACGAACUACGUCCGCUGCGGACCUGUUCAACCCGGGUGGGAUCACGAAUCGAAAAAGAAAGGUCAGUUUCACUUUUUCUCGUAAUGACGAGGUUUUGGCAACCCCCGUAAAGGGUAUGAAAACAAAGACUAUAGAUAUGGAGAACCAGACGGCUGAGCCCAUGUCUGCUAAAUCCGUGUCGAUUUAUCAGAAAUUGGGAUGGGAUGACGACCUAGAUGACCUGUUAUGA